CUGCAGCAGGAGAGCAGCUCUCAUACACACAUACAACUGGCUGGGGAAUUACACAGGAAUGGAGAAGAGACAGCAGGGGGCUCUCGCCUGUUCCUCAGGGAUAACAGCCUGUGAGAUUUGGGGCUACAGGGAGCUGAGCUUGUGACUGGCAUAUGCAAAGGAGAGGUCCAGCGGAGCUAAUCCAUUUGGCAGAAGAAUCAGGGGACAAUAGGAGGAGGCGCACCAGAUUCUGCAAAUGUCAUCAGCUAUAGAGAGAAAGAGCCUGGACCCAGCAGAUGAGCCGGUGGAUGAAGUUCUGCAGAUCCCCCCCUCACUGCUGACAUGUGGGGGCUGCCAGCAAAGCAUCGGGGAUCGCUAUUUCUUGAAGGCCAUCGAUCAGUACUGGCAUGAAGACUGCCUGAGCUGUGACCUGUGUGGGUGCCGGCUGGGGGAAGUCGGAAGGAGACUUUACUAUAAACUGGGGCGCAAAUUGUGCCGAAGGGACUACCUCAGGCUGUUCGGCCAGGACGGACUGUGCGCCUCUUGCGAUAAUCGUAUCCGAGCCUACGAGAUGACCAUGAGGGUGAAGGACAAAGUGUACCACCUGGAGUGCUUCAAGUGUGCCGCCUGCCAGAAGCACUUCUGCGUGGGUGACCGCUACCUGCUCAUUAACUCGGACAUUGUGUGUGAGCAGGACAUCUACGAAUGGACCAAGCUCAGUGAGAUGAUGUAGCACUGGCAGAAUUUCGUGGAGUGCCCAACGAUGGACAUCAGCCACACGUUCACUAAACGCACUGUAACUGACAACACAGCUACGACUGACAAACCAACAUCUUUCCAUUGGAACAACAGGUUUAGGUCUAGAGACUAUUAGCACUAUAUGGUCUUAUGCACUGAAAUAACACUCACACGUACAAUGUAAAUCCAGAAGGCCAUUCUGGUGAUCCUACUGUCAUUAUUGGUGCUUUUGUCUUUAUUGAAGCAACACAUGGAUUAUUGCGACAUCAUAGUGGUGAAGCUUUAAAAGAGUAAGAUCCCAUAGAACCCCUUAAUUGGAGAGAGUGGUUUUGGGGGUUCUGCAGUAGAAAGGGACACCUCAAUGGUACAACCUGGACACCACCUAAUUCUAUGGACAACACUGUAUAAACUCAUUUAUAUCAUGGAACACUCGUCCUGAAAAAUCUAUGCAAAAUGUAAAGUUAUCAGGGAAGUGUGGUUUUUCUUACAGUAUAUUAAGUAACUGGCAAAAAGGGUCAAUCUUGCCCUGAUCGACUAUUGAACUUGACUUGGCACUGAGUGGUAACAGACGUUUAGUUUGGGAAAGGGACAAGGGAAUAAAGAUGUUUUUUUUUGUGGUUA